AUGGUGGUCAAGCCUACUACGCAGCUUGAAGGGUCUUCUUGCCAACAUCCCAACGGCGGAGAUUUCUAUCGGCAGCAACGAGAGAAAGUUAUCCAACAAGCGACUUCUAUGGGCUUUGAGUACCACACGAUGUCUGAAUAUCCACUCUCUUGGGCCGAUGACCAGGACCCGUUCCAACAUGUGGGAGUGGGUGCAUAUAUGCACAUGGUGGCCCGUUGCGGCCACCGACUCUUCGAGUCUUUCGAGGGACCUCUUAAAGAGAAAUAUGAGAGCCUGAUCCGUGCCCAAGGCGUUGGGAUUGUGACGAAGUCUUUCAAUGUCAACUUGAAAAGUGCGUUAACCUAUCCUGACUCGAUCAUUAUUGCCUCGCGCAUUACUGAUGUUCGUAAGGACCGCAUCAUUGCUAAAUUCUCUCUCUGGUCGUUGCAGAGAGCUAUCAUCACAGCGGAGGCAGACGUUCGAUUGGUUUUUGUUGAUCAUCAGCGAGGACAUCCUGUGGACUUGAUCAGCCGAGGAGGGGUGUUCGCAGAUCUACAUGCUGAUCUGACAAACAGAGCAUCACAGUCCGACCGACUUGCCUUGGAAUGGGUGGGAAAUCAGAAGCGAGAAGCGAGAAUGUAG